AUGGAAGAAGCCACAAGCCAAAGCAUAGAGGAAGACUUUGAAGGACAGGCUACACACACAGGACCCAAAGGAGUAAUCAACGACUGGAGAAAGUUUAAAUUAGAAAGUGAAGAUAGUGAUUCAAUUCCACCCAGUAAGAAAGAGAUCCUCAGGCAAAUGUCUUCUCCUCAGAGCAGAGAUGACAAAGACUCAAAAGACAGAGUUGGCAGAAAGAUGAGCAUUCAAGAAUAUGAACUAAUUCACCAAAACAAAGAAGAUGAAAACUGCCUGCGCAAAUACCGUAGACAAUGCAUGCAGGAUAUGCAUCAGAAGUUGAGUUUUGGGCCUAGAUAUGGGUUUGUGUAUGAGCUGGAAACAGGGGAGCAGUUCCUGGAGACCAUUGAAAAGGAGCAGAAGGUCACCACCAUCGUGGUGACCAUUUAUGAAGAUGGCGUGAAGGGCUGUGAUGCACUCAACAGCAGCUUAGCCUGCCUUGCGGCGGAGUACCCAAUGGUUAAGUUCUGUAAGAUAAAAGCUUCUAAUACUGGUGCUGGGGACCGCUUUUCCCCAGAUGUUCUCCCCACCCUGCUUGUAUACAAAGGUGGGGAACUCAUCAGCAAUUUUAUUAGCAUUGCCGAACAGUUCGCCGAAGAAUUUUUUGCUGGAGAUGUGGAGUCUUUCCUAAAUGAAUAUGGAUUACUACCAGAAAGAGAGAUGCAUCACCUAGAGCAGACCAACAUGGAAGAUGAAGAUGCUGAAUAA